AUGCAGAGAGUACAUAGUCCGAACGGGAUGAUUGAUUGGGAAUGGGCGGAUUCUGUGCCGUUUAUGGGCUGGUGCCGGCCCACAUUCUUCUAUCUGCUCGUUCGGGAAAUGGUCGUACCAAGGGACCAGGGCGCGAUCGAUCGACUCGGUGAUCACCGGUAUCCCACCAUUCUUGUUAGGCGGGGUGCUUUUCUUGCCUUUGCCUUUCAAUCCCUAGUACACUUCUGGGAACAGCGCGCAGAGUCUCGAGACGACCCCGCCGGAUGUGUACCCUUGCGCCGCUGUGGCUGCCCCGGCACAAAUUCACGUCGGGAAGCGCGCAAUGAUCUCCAGGAGGGUAGGCGGCCAGACAAUCUCGGGGAGGAACGAUGUCAUGAUGGACAGGGCCCUCUGAUCAUCAACAUCUGGGACCCGGCCAUUGAUUGGGUGGCGGGAGGACUGCAGCUUCCAGCGCAGGAACAGGGCUUCGGCAUCACCGGAUCGCUAGAGGGGUGA